GCAUGCACAGUGCUUACUGCACAGAGAGGAGAGACUGUGCGGAGAGAUGACGGUUCAGACAAGAGCCAGCGACACGAGGGGAGCUGCCUCGACAUACAGCAGCAAACAGGAGGGCUCUGGAGGACUGUGGGACUCCGUGAAGAAAGCUGCGGUUGUCAUCGGAUCAGGAAUUUUGUUCUUGGCUGCAUUUGGCAACUCCCUGACAUGGCAUCUCCAGAGAUUCUGGGGAGCUUCAGGAGAUUUCUGGCAGGACCAGUGGACCAAGCUGCACGUGACGUAUGAGGGUCAUCACACUACUUUGUUCUACUUGGGGACGAUGUUGGUCCCCACUCUGGCGUUCUGGGUGACGAAUGCUCUGCUGCUGUUGGUGGACACCACGGGUAAACCCUCCUUCAUCACCCGCUACCGCAUCCAGGUGGACAAGAACAACCCGGUGGACACAGGCAAGCUUCGCCACGCGAUGAAGACUGUCUUGUUCAACCAGUUCUUCAUCUCGGGCCCCAUGGUGGUGGCGGCCUACUACCUGAUGACCUUGAGAGGCGACCCCUGUAGCCCUGAGCUGCCCACCUUCCACAGGGCCCUGAUGGAGCUGGCUUUCUUCUCCCUCGUGGAGGAAGUUAUUUUCUACUAUUCACACAGGCUGUUCCACCAUCCCAGCCUCUACAAGCGUUUCCACAAACAGCACCACGAGUGGACCGCUCCCAUUGGGGUCGUAUCCAUCUACGCUCAUCCUCUGGAGCAUUUUAUCGCCAACAUGCUGCCGGUGGCGUUGGGGCCGGUGGUCCUGGGCUCCCACCUGACCACCACCUGCAUGUGGUACUGCCUGGCUCUGGUCAGCACCACCAUCUCCCACUGUGGAUACCACCUCCCCUUCCUUCCCUCCCCCGAGUUCCACGACUUCCACCACCUCAGGUUCAACCAGUGUUUCGGGGUCUUCGGAGUGCUGGAUCGGCUCCACGGCACCGACACCAAAUUCAGGCAGACCAAGCAGUACGAACGCCACUCCCUGCUCACCAGCCUCACCCCUCUGAACGAGAGCAUCCCCGACCCACCCAAGAAGGGCCAGUGAUGACCCGUGACCCCUUGACCCCUUCAACUUCAGGCCUUGCCAAAGUUUGGGGUCAUGAUGUGGGGAGAUGAGGAUUCCCAAUCUUAAAUGACUAUUUGAUUUUAAUCAUUGUUGAUCGGAAUCCGACUGUGAAAGUCUGCUGACGCUGCGGCCACCAACCUCACUUUUUAAUAUUACAGGUAGAAACGUUGCACUUUAUUAGACAUGCAGAUCCUUGAUAAGGUAGAUGUAAGAAUUUGGUGGUUGAGCGUGAAAACAAAUCAUUUCUCUUUAAUGCACUACGCCAUAACCUUCCUCAGAUGAAUGAGCCAUGUUCUGCCCUCAUAAACCUUCAGUUGAUGUUUUCAGGCUUUAUAAACAUGAGUACCCAGCUCUCUCUACCCAUAAAACCUUGUGUUUUAAGGGUUAUUUGCUGCGGCCGAUUCAUUUUCACUCAUAUCAUCCUUAACAGUUAAUCUGAUAACAUGUUCUUACGUUUCUUCAUGAUUCUUGGCUUUAGUGUUAGUUGGGUUUAUUAUAAACACAUGCACAUUAAUCGUAAGUCAUGCAUUAAUUCUUAUGAACAGAUUUUGUAUUUUUAAAUAAAUGUUUAGUUAACAGCAUCUCUUCUGUUGCAUUCACUUGCUGCUCAGAGAGAAGGUACAUUAGCACUUUUGAUUUCCGGCAUUAAAACAUAUCUUUGAAUGUAAAAGGUGUCUUUGUAUUUCAGGAGGCCUCACUGGUUGUUGUAUAAUAAAACAUGAAUGUAGACAAA